AGCGUCGUUGAGUGGGGUGAAGGAAGGAGGAACUGCUGCAACCCGAACCGGAAGGUCGCAACCAAGUAGCGAGGAGUUGCUCAAAGCUCAAGAAGCAUGGGAUCGGAAGGAUCGCCAGGCUUUUCAGUACCUGUGUUGGGCUUUGGAGGGGCAACUUGAGCUUCUUAAGAUGCUGAUUGACCUGAAGGGGAAGGAAG